ACUACGAACAUUUUGUCCGACAAAAUUCAAAGUAACACUGUCAACGCGACGUUUCCGUUGUGAUUUCUGUAUUUAAUAUUAAUACCAAAUGCCAAACGUAAAUAUGUCAGAAGCAUUCUUUGACGAAUACGACUACUACAAUUUCGACCACGACAAGCACAUUUUCACGGGCCACGGUGGUAAGCAGCGCACCAAGAAAGAAGCGUCUGAACACACCAACCACUUCGAUCCGUCCGGGCAUUCGAGAAAGAUCGUCACGAAACUCAUGAACGCCGAGCACAACAAGAAGACUUCAAACACCAAACACUAGAUGGAUUGCUGAUCAAUAGACAACUAUGGCUAGCAGAAGGACUUUUGAGUUGCCAAACGAAAGGAGGACGCUAUUGCGGAUACCCGAGGAGUGUUCGGGUGGAUGCUCGUCUCAGAGAUCGAUGGAACAUCCAAGGCGUUUUUUGCUCACACAAAAUUUCUACUUCGCCCACUCACAGAGGCUGCGAUUUAGAACGGGACAACGCCACAAAUGAGCCAAGCAGUAAGUCGGUAUAUUUUGGACGUAACACCGUUCCAGUGUCUGAUCUCGAAUAAUGGGCUCGUGAGCCCGGAACUGCUGUGUUAUUAUUCCUAGUAAAAUUAUUAUAUGUUUAAUUUAUCUCUCCGAGAUACUCAAUGGACUGUAAUAAUUAAUUUUAAGACUAAUAAAUUAUAGUUACAUAA